UAACCGCGGAGCCUGUCAAUACGCUGAAGAAAUGCAGUGUUUGGUGCGGCAGACUCCGUGGAGGUUUACGAAAUCCUUGCGUGUUUAUUAAAGGUCUGAAAUGGCCUCGCUCCCAGAAAUACAGGUUUAUUCGCCAGUGCGCCACUGAAGACGCGCGGGUUUAAAGACAGCGUGUGAGCAAAGCGCUCGCUAGCCGUCGCCAUCUAAAUAAACCUGGGUUCGUGGACAGAAGAAAGAAGACGACAGGAUCUGGACACGUUUACACAGACCUAUGCGACUCUUAUCAGGUGAGCGAUGGAUAUGAGAGAGGUGUAUGUGGUGGCUGGCAGCUUCGUGGGGUUCCAGCUGUUUUUCUCGUGCGUCAGUCCGGUUCUGUCUUCCAACUUCACGCAGGGUUAUGGGAAACUUCCACCACACAAACUCAACGACUGGAACUCCAGGCUGGUGUCCACUGUCCAUGCAUUAAUUGUGGGGCUGUUCUGUCUCUAUAUCCUGUGGUUCGACGAUGCCGUCAAUGAAGACCCCGUCUGGGGUGAUCCUAACAUGGUUAAGCUCAAUGUGGCCAUCACCUGUGGAUACCUGUUCUAUGACCUGGUGCUUCUAGCUUGUAACUGGAGUACCAUGGGCGACGUGUUUUUUGUCUGUCACCACUUGGCGGCGCUGUAUGCUUAUGGAUAUGUGCUGACACGCGGAGUGCUUCCUUAUUUUGCAAACUUCCGACUGAUUUCAGAAUUGUCAACGCCAUUUGUGAAUCAAAGGUGGUUUUUCGAAGCGUUAGCCUACCCUCGUACCCACCAGCUGGUUGUCACCAACGGUAUCGCGAUGGCGGUCGUGUUCUUCCUGGUCCGGAUUGCCGUGAUGCCCCCCUACUGGGCGAAGGUGUUUGGCACCUUCGGGACGCCAGCGUUUGAAAGGCUUGGUCUCAGUGCUCAGGUGGCUUGGAUCUUAUCCUGCAUUUGUUUGGAUAUCCUGAAUACAAUAUGGAUGUACAAAAUCGCCCGUGGCUGCUACAAGGUCAUUACCGGCAAGCUAAGAGGGGGCAAAGUGGACUCCAAAAAGACCAAUUUCGUGAACAACCACACAGACUGAGAAUCAUCCGUAAUAAUGACCUAUAGAUUAGACGUAUUUGCUUCCCAGAAUAUAGCAACUUUGGAGUCCUUUCCAUUGUUCUUUGGAUGGACGUGCUCUCAAAACAGAGGUUUUGUGUGGUUUUAGCCUCUAUGUCAUUUACAAACAAUCUGAAUUCACCUACACCGGUGAAAGUCAAGCAGAUAAAUGCCUCAAACACAACCAAAGUGCCUCAAAGCACAAAGAGAAGCAAUAGAACAUGAAUAUAUGAGCUUGUGACCACGGAAAGUCCAUCGCAUCUCCAUCGCAAAGCCUUAUCCAGUCAGUACCCACCCAUGUUUUUUCUCUAAACCAAUCGUGGUUGGCUUUAAGAGCCAUGCUUCCUGUGAUAUUUACACUGAUGUGCCUCAGUGGUCUCCAGGUUUGAACUUGUUCCACAAUUGCUCAUUUGUUGGCGGAUUGGAAAUGCUCAUCGAAUUCAUUCAGUCUUACGUCAACACUACAUUGCCAGUCUGACUAGUUGCAAGGCUCCGUGAAACCACAGAUCUACCUCUCUCACCCCGCCAAGCACAAGUGUAGUACCUGCCCAUCCUAGAACCAACACCAUAUGGACUUGCUGUGAAAAGACGGUCCAUGAGAAUCAAACGCUCACGACCUUUACUGUUAUAGCCCAUACCUGUAGAACUCAUAUACGUGAGACGCGCUGGCAAAAUGAGUCGCAAUGAGCAAAUUUUCAAAAAUGAGUUAGUGUUAUUCUCUGUUAAAAAAAAAAAAAACUUCAAAAUGAUGUAUGAUUUGUUGGAAUCUGACAAAAAAAAAAAAAAAAAAAAAAGAA